UGAAUUCUCGCUUUUGGUUGUAAUGGCCGUUGAUUCUCAGCUUUCAUCUCCUCUCGCCCCGCCGGCUUCCCAGAUGGAUGCCAAACUCCGUUUCAUAGAGGACAUCACUAAAAAUACUGACUCGGUUCAGGAAAGGGUGCUGGCUGAGAUUCUGACCCGGAACGCUCACACCGAGUAUCUCAACCGCUUCCAGCUCAAUGGAGCCACCCACCGCGACACUUUCAAGUCCAAAGUUCCGGUGGUCACUUACGAGGAUCUCCAGCCCGACAUCGAACGUGUCGUUAAUGGUGAUCGCUCCCCUAUUUUUUCAUCCCAUCCCAUUUCCGAGCUUCUUACCAGCUCUGGGACAUCGUCUGGGAAGUCAAAACUGAUCCCCACAAUUGAAGAAGACAUGGAGCGUCGUCUCUUGAUUUUCAGCCUUCAAAUGCCCAUCGUCAAUUUGUACGUGCCGGGGUUGGACAAAGGGAAAGGGCUCUACUUUUUAUUCGUACAUGCCGAAACCAAGACCCCAGGAGGGUUGGUGGCUCGUCCAGUGCUCACCAGCUGCUACAAGAGCGACCUCUACAAGACUAGACCAUACGACCCUUUCAAUGAUUACACCAGCCCAAUGGAGGCCAUUCUUUGCGCUGAUUCCUUCCAAAGCAUGUACACGCAAAUGCUAUGUGGUCUCUUAAUGCGCCGCCAAGUCCUCCGUGUCGGAGCUAUCUUCGCCUCCACUCUCCUCCGCGUCAUCCGCUUUCUCCAGCUCAACUGGAAACAACUGUCACACGACAUCUCCACGGGAACUCUAAACCCUAAAAUCACAGACUCUUCUCUCCGUGAAUGUAUAAUCUCCAAAUACCUAACAGGCCCAAACCCGGAGCUGGCCCAAUUCGUUUCGAAUGAGUGUUCCACGGAGGACUGGGAAGGGAUCGUCACAAGAAUUUGGCCCAACACUAAAUACCUGGACGUGAUUGUGAGCGGAGCCAUGGGUCAGUACAUUCCCAUGCUGGAAUUUUACAGCCGGAGUUUACCCAUGGUUAGCACCGCCUACGCUUCCUCGGAGUGCUCUUUCGGGGUUAAUUUGAGCCCAAUGUGCAAGCCCACGGAAAUAGCCUACACCAUCCUACCCAACAUGGCCUACUUCGAAUUCCUCCCGUACGACACGUCGUUCUCUCCAAUUCUCUCCCCACCUCGCCUUGUCGACCUUGCUGACGUGGAUAUCGGGAAAAAGUACGAGCUAGUAAUCACUACCUACGCUGGACUCUACCGUUACCGAGUCGGUGACGUUCUCCAGGUCACGGGGUUCCACAACAUGGCCCCACAGUUCCGAUUCGUGAAGCGAAAGAACGCCAUGUUGUGCAUUGAUGUUGACAACACGGACGAGGCUGAGCUCCAGCAGGCAGUGGAAAACGCUUCAGUUCUUUUGCGGAGGUUCGAGACCAGCGUGGUGGAAUACACUAGCUACGCAUAUACCAAAACAAUCCCCGGACAUUACGUCAUAUAUUGGGAGCUUCAUGUUAAAGACGCUGCCAAUUCCCCUCCGGAGGAGAUUCUAAAUCAGUGCUGCCUCACCAUCGAAGAGAGCCUGAAUUCGGUGUACAUCCAAAGCCGAGUCUCCUUUAACUCAGUUGGACCGCUGGAAAUCAGGGUGGUCAAAAACGGGACGUUUGAAGAGCUCAUGGACUACGCGAUCUCAAGGGGUGCGUCAAUCAAUCAGUACAAAACGCCACGGUGCGUUACUUUCGCACCCAUCCUUCAGCUCCUUGACCGUAGGGUAAUUUCAGUGCACUUCAGCCCGUCAAAGCCGCACUGGACACCGGAGGGACGCCGUUUAAGUGACAAUAAAGAAUAA